GGGGAUGGGAAUAUGGGUACGCCUAGUAUGGGAGGGAGUAUGAAUAUGAAUCAUGGGGGGACCCCGCUGGUGGAGUUGAAUACUACUACUGCUAGUACUCAGAGACCGGUGGAGUUGGAUUCGGGGAAGGUGCAGAGGUGAUGAGAUAGUAGGGUUAUGGAUGGGUGUUUUUUAUGUGUGAUGUGAUUGUGUUAUACGUUCGAUACCUAGUUGCUUAUCUGUUUUUUUUUUUAUGUACUUUACUUUACUUAUCUAAUGUUGGGCUGCAAUGGAUGAUGUCAGAUGCAUCGUGUUUUCUCUUGUCAUACUCCGAGUCUUGCCCUGAUGGGGACUUGGAAUGAUUGGGCUUAUGGCUGUGGAGCAUGGAUUACGAGUGGCUUGCUCGGAUCUGUUAAUACGAGAUGCUGACUUGGUCUUGCGAACCUAAUAAUCGGAUUAUUAAUGAAUGAUAUUUAUCGUG